ACAUUUAGCUAAUAUUAGGUUUACUUCCUAAGAAAUUAAUAACGUAACAUACGUUUAAAUGUUCUUUUGUAAGAGAGUGUAUUUCAUUCAUUGGAAAGAAAUAAUGUUCUUUUAUGGUUUUUAUAGACUUAUUGUCUAUCAAAUUAAUUUUAUUUAUGGUUUGAUUUACUUUUUAUUGGUCUUUAUAUAUUUUAAAUGAAUUUAAACUAUAUAUACUUGUUUUUUUUUUGUCAAAAACUAUAUAUACUUGUUACUUUUAGAAUUUGUUGUUAGUUUGGUAAGCUUAUUUUUAACCAGGAAACUUAUAUAAGUUUUCAAUGAUUUUUAUAUGUAGACUUAUUUAUAUUGCUUGCAGUUUAUUUUCAAAAGAUACCAUAUAUAUUUUAGAAAAUAGUUAACAUUUUCAUUUAUAUUUAUUUUUUUACAAUUAAUAUUUAUAUCGUGUAAUUUCUGUGAUUUAUGAUUUUAUGGAUUUAUCGAUACUAUCUUAGUUUAUAUGAUUGAUUUAGAUUUUGAUGGGGGAAUUGCAUAAUAAUAUAAAUAGUCUUUUCCUUAGUAAAAUUAAAUCUUAGAUUAUUGACAAAAACUUAUAAUUUGGACACUGAAUUAUAUUUAACAAGACUAUUAAAUCAUUUAGAUUAUUUUAUUUUACAAUACCAAAGGUUGAUUAAUGUUUUUUUCAUAUAUGAAAAGGGUUAUUAAUGUUACUUCUUACAAGUUAUUAUAUAUACUAAUCCAAUUAUGUCCAAAAAUUGUUUUCAAAUGCUUAAGAUGCACUAAUAGUUCAAUAUUAGUCGCAACCCUCCUAUGCAAUGAUGCUUAAUAAGAUCAUGUUUUUCCUAAUUCUCGGUAUGGUCAUACCAAUUGUAGUCGGAACUUUUCCAGGAAAGAGCAAACCUUCCGAUCUCCAUGAGCAGGAAAUCGAACUACGGUUGAAACAACUCAACAAACCGGCCAUUAAAUCCAUCCAUAGUCCAGAUGGAGAUAUAAUUGAUUGUGUAUGGAUCUACGACCAACCAGCUUUUGAUCAUCCUUUAUUCAAAAACCACACCAUUCAGAGGAGGCCAAGAAGUAACUCGAUAAGGGACAAAACAGGAGGUAAUAAGACAUACAUUAUACACCAAUUGUGGCGAACAAAAGGUGAAUGUCCUGAGAACACUAUUCCCAUCAGAAGAACAACAAGAGAUGAUCUUAUCAGAUCAGGUUCCAUCAAAAACUAUGGAAGAAAGAGUCCACCACCAACUAUUUAUCAUACUGAGGGUGCUCAGACCGAGGAAGUUCAUGAGCAUACGUGUGUGUACGUGGACUAUGGUCAGUUCCAUGGCAGCAAGAGCCGUAUAAGUAUAUGGAAACCAAAUGUUCUAAGGACAAGAGAGUUUAGUUUGGCUCAAACAUGGGUUGUUAAUGGAGAUUGGGACACUGGUUUGAACACUUUGGAGUCUGGUUGGCAGAUCUUGCAUGCUUUGUAUGGUGACAAAAACCCAAGACUUUUCGCUUAUUGGACGGGCGAUACAUACCGAGAAACCGGAUGUUACAAUCUUGACUGUCCAGGCUUUGUUCAAGUAAGCAGACACAUCUCCCUUGGUGCAGCUCUCAACACUUUCUCAACUUACAACGGUGAACAAUACGACUUCCUUCUAACCAUUGAGAAGGAUCAAGAAACUGGACUUUGGUGGUUGAAGUUUGAGACAUAUCUAAUCGGAUACUGGCCAAGCUUUAUAGUCCCCAAGCUAGCAGCCUCGGCACGAAAGAUCGCAUGGGGAGGUGAGAUUGUGUAUUACACUAGUGGCCGGGGGACACAUACGCUUACGCAAAUGGGGAGUGGCCAUUUUGCAGAGAAAGGGUUUAGGAAGGCUGCUUACUUCAAUAGCUUAGAGUACAUAGAUACUUCUAACUAUCCGAUUACACCCUCUCCACAAAAUCUUGAAGCUACUGUGACUCGGCCUGAAUGCUAUAACCUUCAAGUUGGCUCUAGCCAGAGGUGGGGAACUUACUUUUUCUAUGGUGGACCUGGUCGCAAUCCUCAUUGUCCAUGAGCCUAGAUUAAGCCAAAACUAAAAUGUCUUAUAUAAAUGUCAAAAAUAUAUAAAAUAAAUUCGAUUAGCAAAAAAAAACCUGCAAGAGACAUAAAUUAAAGAUUGACACUUUCCGCAUCAGAAUCCAAAACCAACUAACCAGAACGAUAAGUUUGAUCCAAUUCGAGAUAGAGAUCACAACACCUACAUAUGGAAGGGUUUUGGAUUCAUAAAGAUCGAAACUUUACAGUAAUGAAGUUGUUCCAAGUCUUAGAUAAAACACAAACACACGAAACUUAAAAGAGUUUGCCUGUUGAAGGGUUUUGGGUCUUUUGCACGUCUCUGGUUGCAUAAGCAGCAGGGGCGAGAGGCUCCUGUUUUCUUGCUCUUGGCUUCGCUUUCCUCCAUUUUUACUACUAGUGGCCGUUGUGGAACUCGGAGUGAUAGAGAAACGGCCGCAUUAUGUACAUACAUGGGCGUUUAAGUGCCUUGAGAACUCAUUCUCUCUUUAGUUUGUAUAACAAUUAUUAAAAAAUUAAAUUUAAUAUAUUUAAAAUUUUUUGGAUCUGAAUUCAGAUAUCAAAACUUGAAAAUCAAUAUAUAUAUGUAUAUAUACAUAAUACAUAUAUUAAGAACUCUAAUAAAAAAAACCCACAUUAGAGAUGGUCUAAAAUUUUAGUAUCCGGAUCCAGAAUCUUUCAGUUUGAAUAUCCAGAAUUUUCAGAAUCGGAUAGGCAUAUUAAAUAAUAAUUUUACCCUUAUUGUAAAUUACUUGUAAAUUUUUUAUUCGGUUUGAUUACGUUUUAAGUUUAGUCAAAACUAUAAUUAAAAUCCCACAAAAAUUUUGUUCUACAAACCAAUUUUUUUGGUUAAAUCUAUACAAUAAUUAGAAACUUUACAAGUGACACAAAAAUAUAGAAUUUGACCAAAAAAAAAAAAAAAAAAAAAAAAGACACAAAAA